AGUAAAAUAAAAAUCCUCAUGCAGGAUUUUUCCCCUAAUUUCUACCUUUACUUAUUUCUCCCUUUUUCUCUUCUCUCCUUUCUACUCUCCCUUCACUCUCCACCUGCCUUACCAUUCACCCCACCUGAGCGUGCCCUCUACCGCAGACCAACACCCUACUCUAACCACCACCCAACCAUUCGACUUUCGAGUCCCAUUCCUCACGCUUCUCCCAUUUGUCUAAUCACCUCUUUCCAUUUGAGUCUCUUGAUUUUGCUUCGACUGGCGGUGUGAUUGUGUUGCCCAUAAGAAAUCGAUUCGCGAGGACACUGAGUGAUAUCAUCAACCAACAGGGACGAAAGCAAGCAGAAUACACGAGGUGGGAAUUUUAGGUCAAGAGUGCCGAACAAGAAAACUCAAGGAGCAGGCAAAGUAUUGGAUUCAAAGGUCACAGCCAAAAGCAUAUAUGCUUCUCCAAGUGCAAGCAAUACCUCCGCUCCUUCUCCUUCAUCCUUUUUGCGAACUGAAGGAGGCAUUAUCUGAAUAUGGCAGAAACUACUUGCUGUGGACUGACAACAUGUUGCCAUCGCCCUCACCCUGAAAACGACAUUAUCGAGGGAACUUUUGAGAUUGAUCACUCCCCUCGGAUUUGUCUCCUUCCCACUCUACGAUCCGUUGCUAUUCAGAUUUACAGCGCCGAUGUAGUCGAUCCAUACACUAGGAGCGGGUUAGAAAGUAAGAAGGCAUAUCUACAGAAGUGGAAAAUCAACCUGAAUCCGAGUAUAAUCAAAUACAAACUGAACUUUGAGGUGGUGCGCGGGUUCGGCUCUCCCGGGGCUUUUGUUGUAGAAAAUAGAGGCAGGCAUGAAUUCUUCCUCAAAUCCGCCACUUUCAAGUACAAAAGUCCUGCUCCUGACAGGGAGGACUUCUUUUUCCACUGUGCUUCCUGGGUGUACCCACUUGACAAGACCGGAGUUAAACGGAUUUUCUUCAUAAACCGAUUGUAUCUUCCAGAGAAAACACCUCCCGGUUUAGUUGUACUGAGAAAAAAAGAACUUAAGAAACUGAGAGGACGAGGGUUGAAAGAUGAGAGGCAUCCAUGGGAUAGAAUAUACGACUAUCAAUGCUACAAUGAUCUUGGAGAUCCUGACAAUAGCCCAGAGUAUGCUAGGCCUAUUUUGGGGGGUUCUAAGGAGUAUCCAUAUCCACGCAGGUUAAGAACAAACCGCCCUCCUACCCAGCAUGACCAUUUAACCGAGUCUCGGCCGGUAGGAUGCUUUCGAACUUUUGUUCCACCUGAUGAGCGUUUGAGCCAGAAGAAACAAGAACAACUCAGAAACAACUUCGUCGAUGCUCUUGUGCGAUUUCUUACCCCCAAGUCAGACCAACCACCCCAGUUGCAUCAAGAAUGUCCCACAAUGGUUCAGAAAAUCCUACAUUUCUUUGUUCCCAAGUCAGCAUUUUCAACAGCUGAUUUUAGUAUGAUUCAGUCUAUUGUUGAUUUCGUUCUAAGGAAGCCAAAAUCACCAUCCCAUCGAGAUACCCAAAGUGUAGACUCAAUCGAUGACAUAGUCGCCAUUUUCUCAGACAAACAAGUAAAAAAAAUGGAUGAGCGAGUCAAGCAGAAGCUGAAAAAGUUGGUACCAGCUGAAAUCUUUAACCAAGUUGUUGAUGCUACGACCAAAAGAGACGUCCUCAGCUCACAACCUCCUUCAAUUAUGGCAGAGGACCAGUACGAUUGGCUUCUUGACAGAGAGUUUGGACGCCAAAUGCUUGCAGGAACAAAUCCAGUACGAAUCCAGUCCUUAGAGAAAUUCUCACCUCGAGAAGGUUGGCUUCCGAAGAACCUGGACCUUAUAGAAAAGGCAAAGAGUGAAGCUGAGGCAUAUUUCGUCUUGGAUCACGACUACCUCCGGCCGUUUCUAAGCGUGAUAAAUGCAAAGGGUGUUUGUGCUUAUGCAACUCGAACAAUACUAAAGCCCUCAGGGUGGGAUGAUAGAUUAGAACCAAUAGCAAUACAGCUUCGCUUGCCUGAUAGCGAAAUGGACAUGGUCCUUGAGCCAGACGAGCUUGAAUGGGACCUUGCAAAAGCUCACGUUGCAGCCAAUGACGCAGCUCACCACCAAUUAGUUAGCCAUUGGUUGCAUACUCAUGCAGUAAUUGAACCAUUCAUUAUUGCCACUAGAAGACAGUUGAGCGUGAUGCAUCCAAUUCAUUGGCUAUUGGAUCCUCAUUUCAAAGACACAUUGCAUAUAAAUGCAUUGGCUCGAGGCAUCUUCCUGAAUGCAGGGGGAAUUCUAGAGAGAAUACUCUUUACAGGUGAAUUUUCCGUGCGGCUGUCCUCUCACUUCUAUAAACAAUGGAGAUUUGAUGAGCAAGCCCUUCCAAAAGAUCUUAAGAAAAGAGGCAUGGCAGUAGAUGCAAAAGAAAGUGUAAGAGAUGAGAAUGUCUCAGAAAUAAAGGAGAAGCCAGCAGAAAAGGAACCAGAGAAUAUAGGUGAGGAGGAUCUGGCAAAGAAAACCGAGAAUGUGGUAGAGAGAGAUGAGGGUCUGGCAGAAAUAGACGAGAAUGUGGUAGAAAGAGACGAGGGUGUGGCAGAAACCGACGAGAAUGUGGUAGAAUUGGACGAGAAUCCAGCAGCUCCGGAUGAAAAGGUGACAUUUCCCGCUGGGAUGAAGUUCGUUUUAGACGACUAUCCCUAUGCUAAGGAUGGAAUUGAGAUAUGGGAUGCCAUUGAGACAUGGGUGAAAGCAUAUUGCCAAAUUUUCUAUGAAAACGAUGAUUCUGUCAGGGAUGAUGAGGAAAUCAGAGAUUGGUGGGAGGAGAUUAGACGUGUGGGCCAUGUUGAUCAACAGCAAGGGUGGUAUGAUCUUACAACUCGUGAAAACCUGGUAAGGGCUCUAACAACUCUGAUAUGGAUUACUUCAGGUAUGCAUGCUGCGGUGAACUUUGGGCAAUAUGCGUAUGCCGGUUGGCCUCCGAAUCGCCCCAUGCUAUUGAGGAAGUUCAUUCCAAAAGAAGGUACAAAAGAAUAUGAGGACAUGCAGAAGGAUCCUGAGAAGUUUUUUGUCAAGAUGCUGCCUGAAAAGUUUGAAAUGGAGUUUGCUAUAGCAGUAAUGGACCUUCUCUCACGCCAUACAUCUGAUGAGGUAUACUUGGGCCAAAGGCCAACGGACAACAUGUGGAAAGAGAAUAAAAAGGUAAACGAAAAGUUUGAAGAGUUCGGAGAAAGACUUAGAAAAAUAGAGGGAAAUAUACUGGACAGAAAUAAAAGAUAUAACCUGCACAACAGGUGGGGUUAUGCCAAGAUUCCCUACAAGCUUCUGUAUCCUGAUACAUCCAAAACCGAGGGUCCCUCCGAGCAUAAGGAGGAUAUUUGUGGAAGGGGAAUCCCUAACAGCAUAUCUAUAUAGCGAAUUGUGAAUUGACCAGUUUCAAUAAGCAUAAACUCAAUUAACCUUCA